AUGAUAAUCUUAAAGGACCCUUGCCGUUUAAUCGUGCAUGUUAGCAAUCGCUUGUCUUCUAAGACGCUUUGGGUUUCCCUAAACUCACCACUUGUUAGAACUGCAUGGUACUUCGCUAGAGUAAAAUUGCAUGCAGCGAAGCCUGUGGUACAAGUAGACGGCACAGGUGCCAAAUACUGCAUCCAUGUGUACCCUUCCGGGUUUAUCCAAAUAUGCGCAUGCCAUUUCCCAUACACACCAAGGAAGCAUCAUGGCUCAUCUAGGUACACAUUCCAAGGCUCACAACAAUUGACAGCUCAAUAUAUGCUACGAAAUCUGGGGCACAAUAUCAAGAUAUGCACGCCCUUUCCCUCUUACCUUACCAAAUCUCGUUCUAAACACACUAUCAUUCACGGGCCUGAUCCUCCACAUAUCCGCUCAUCAUUCAUCCACCCAAAAAGCAACACCGCCUAUGCGAAAUCGCCUUCCUUAUUUGGCCGUGCUCGCGGUGAGGACGAAUAUCGCACGUUGAAACAUGGCUCCCCUAAGGACCGCGUGCCAAGUACCAAUCCCAGUGCCGUCUCCAGUCCCAGGAUGCCAAUGUUAAACACUACUUCAAGCGACAUGACCACCCAAGACGGCAACAAAAAGAGCAUAAGCUACAUCAAGAAGCUUGGCGAUUUGUGCAACUCUGCUGAUUCGAGAAGUUCUGGGGGGUGUUUUUUGGGCGAUAUUUUUGGCUUCUUUGUUUUCCUUUGCUGCGUUCGCCUUUGCGUUCAAAUUGAAGGGAUGCGAGUACGAGCUAACGAAAUGGCUAGGAAAUCAACAUUACUACUACGAUUGGUGGUGAAGAUGCUCUCCCAGCGUGGAGAGUUCGUUGGCCCUGAUGCCGGAUGGAGCCCCGGUUUAGCGCAAUUUGGUAUGGCGCCGCCACGGACGGGUUACCUUGAUGGCAGAAAUGAGUUGAAGGAGUUGCAGAGAAAAGGGGUGACUGGGAAACAUUUUUCCAACAGCACGAUUCCCAAAGACAAAAACAAGUUCUAUACGAACAGUGGUGGUGAUAAGACUGACGAGAUAUUCGGAAAGAAACUUCUAGACACUCCUCGUUCCACCCCUGCUGACUCCUGUGCAAUAUCCUCCAGUUUCCGCCACCUUGUUACCAAAACAACCCUACUAAAAGAAGACAAGGAGGCCUGGGGUUUCAUCAACGAGGCCGACACUAGCUUCAGUUUCCCCCAGAUGAUGAGGAAUGACGAAUAUGAGUAUAAGGUGGGAGAUUCUAAGCAUGUGUAG